AUGGUGUCAGGAGAUGCAGUCGAGGAUCUCAAUGUGUUGAGCCUCCGUUCUCGUACCAUCGAUGUUGAUUCACGGCAUCCAGAGCUUUCUCCUCACUUCCAGCAUGGUGAAUCCGAGGCUCUACGGAAACAGCUCGAGAUUGCAGCAGAAUCUACUAAUAGUAUGGAUGAUGCUAAGAGCAACAGCCCAAGGGAGGACUGUCUGCCUACGGUUUUGAGGCCGGAGGGUAGUGCUGGUGCGGAGUCUCGCCCGUCUCCGACAGAUAUCGAGCUUCCAAGCUCUGCGUCGCUUGCUGAGAACGGUGCUAUCGGAGCUGUUGAUGCGAGCAAGCAGCUGGACUCAGCCCAGCCACUUCCUAUCCGUGAAAGUACUUCGGGAGUAGCUGAGGGUCGCCGUGCUGUUCACAAACGCUUUCGAAGUGAGAGCCCUGAGUCCGAAAUAGGCGAAGAUUCAAAGGGUACGAUUCUAGCCGGCGAGCGCGAAUCUGCGAAUGCUCAACUAGAAUUGGAUGACAAUCCGGACGCUGCAAGUGAUGACGAUGGUGUUCCUGAGACGCUCAGUACAAAUUACAAACAGAGCCUGCCUCAUGCUCCCACUCCCAAACCGCCAAAGUCCAAGAAGCCGAAGCUCAAAACCGCUGCGCCAGAAGCCAUUAAGCACGAGAAGCCAGUGUCCAGCCUGAUCCCGCAUAAUGGCAAUCUCAAGGCUGGUAGUGACAAACGUUUGCCUUUUACAGAGCCAAAAGUCACUUCUAUCGCGCAAAGGAAAUCGAGAUCGAAUCGUCCUGCCUCGAAAAGAGCCAAAGACAUUACCAAGGAUGGUAUCACAUAUCGCACGAUCUCCAGCGAAGGCCUACGCGGUGAAACUUCUCCGUGGUUACCUGCCAAGGCAAGUCCGGAAAGUCGGACAAUCAAGGAGAGGUUGCUGGUUAGGAAGCGUGUUCAAGAGGUCAACAUCGGUCGGCGUCCGAGGUUUGUCGUCAGUCGUUGA